UGUUUAUUAUAAAAAUUAAAAAAUGUUUCCUAAGAAACAACUUUACGGAAAUCUCAAGAGACAAAAAAAGAAAAAAAAUGAUGAAAUUGCUCAAAGUUUAAGAGGAUCUUUGAAUAAAUAUUUUGUUAAACAAACCAAUGCUUCACUUGAAAAUUUAGAUGAAGAUGAUUUACCAAAUGAAUAUGAGCACCCAAUUCAAUUGGAAGAAUUAGUAGAAAAUGAGAAUGAUGUGAAUGAAGAAAUUGGUGAUCUAGAUGAAAAUGAAAAUAGUGAUGAACCUUUCCUUGAUGAAAAUGAAAAUAUUGAUGAACCUUGCCAUGAAAAUGAAUGUCCCGAAACAAGAUUUGAUUUGAACAUUUAUGAUCCACGAAUUUGGGAUAAUCUUGAUGCAAAAAUGAGAGAUUUACUUGUAGAAAAAGGUCCCCUAAGAGAAACUAAUCACAAAUUCCCCAUGGACGAACACAAUAGACAUUUUUCUUCAAAUUAUUAUCUUCGUACGUUACCAAAUGGGGAAACUAAGGAUCGAAAAUGGCUAGUGUACUCAAAGGAGUUGGAUAAAGUGUUUUGUUUCUGUUGUAAGUUGUUUAAAACAAUGAAUUCUAGAAGUCAGUUAACUAGUGAAGGAAUUAGAGAUUGGAAACAUCUUGGUGAGAAGCUUAGACAACAUGAAAGCAGUAUUGAACACCUCACUAACUUGAGGUCUUGUGUUGAAUUGCAAAUCAGAUUGAAAACAAAUCAAACAAUUGAUACAGAAUUACAAGAGCUAAUCAAGAAAGAUACACUACACUGGAAAAAUGUUAUUGCUAGAAUCAUUGUUGUUGUGAAAUGUCUUGCUAUACAUAAUUUGGCUUUUCGUGGAACAAAUGAAAAAAUUUAUGAAGAUGGUAAUGGUAACUUUUUAGGCCUGCUUGAAAUGAUUGCAGAGUUUGAUCCAGUAAUGCAACACCAUUUUUGACUCAUUCAAGAUAAGAAGAUUCAUUAUCAUU